AUGGCCGCGAGCGCAGCGCGCCUGGCCGCAGCCUGCGCGCUCCUGCCGCUGCUGCUGCCGCUGCCGCUGCUGCUGCGCCCGCGCGGCGCGCGCGCCGACCACGGCGGCCGAGGGGUGGAAAGCCGUGCCGGAGAUGGCGGGAAGCUGGAGGUGGACUGGAGGGGUCAGAGCAGCACAAAGCCCAUCGCCCGUGGCUUCGGGGCUGGGAGCCGGCCCCCCAGCCCGGCUCCAGGCUUCCCAACGGAUUUUCCCCCCGCAGAUGUGGACGAGUGUGUGGAGGGCACCGACAGCUGCCACAUCGAUGCCAUCUGCCAGAACACCCCCCGCUCCUACAAGUGCAUCUGCAAGUCUGGCUACAGCGGCGACGGCAAGCACUGCAAAGACGUGGACGAGUGUGAGCGCGAGGACAACGCCGGCUGCGUCCACGAGUGCGUCAACAUCCCCGGCAACUACCGCUGUACCUGCUACGACGGCUUCCGCCUGGCCCACGACGGCCACAACUGCCUAGACCUGGACGAGUGCGCCGAGGGCAACGGCGGCUGCCAGCAGACCUGCGUCAACAUGAUGGGCAGCUACGAGUGCUUCUGCCGCGAGGGCUUCUUCCUCAGCGACAACCAGCACACCUGCAUCCAGCGCCCCGAGGAGGGGAUGAACUGCAUGAACAAGAACCACGGCUGCGCCCACAUCUGCCGCGAGACGCCCAAGGGUGGCAUCGCCUGCGAGUGCCGCCCGGGCUUCGAGCUCACCAAGAACCAGCGGGAUUGCAAGCUGACCUGCAACUACGGGAACGGCGGCUGCCAGCACACGUGCGACGACACCGAGCAGGGCCCCAAGUGCGGCUGCCACGUCAAGUUCUUGCUGCACGCGGACGGCGUCACCUGCAUAGGGGAGCGACACUUCCAGCAACAUGUUCUCCUUGAGACGUUUUCUAAUGAGACGUGCGCCGUGAACAACGGGGGCUGCGACAGCAAGUGCCACGACGCGGCUGCCGGCGUCCACUGCAGCUGCCCCAUGGGCUUCAUGCUGCAGCCCGACCGCAAGACGUGCAAAGACAUCGACGAGUGCCGGCUCGGCAACGGCGGCUGCGACCACAUCUGCCGCAACACGGUGGGCAGCUUCGAGUGCAGCUGCAGGAAGGGCUACAAGCUGCUCAUCAACGAGAGGAGCUGCCAAGACAUCGACGAGUGCUCCUUCGACCGCACCUGCGACCACCUCUGCAUCAACACGCCCGGCAGCUUCCAGUGCCUCUGCAACGAGGGCUACACGCUCUACGGCCUCACGCACUGYGGAGAUGUGGAUGAGUGCAGCGUCAACCGCGGCGGCUGCAAGUUCGGCUGCGUCAACGAGCCCGGCGGCUACCGCUGCACCUGCCCCGCUGGCUGCAAGCUGCACUGGAACAAGAAGGACUGCGUGGCGGGGGUGGGCAGGCAGCCGGGGGGUCCCUCAGCGCUCGGCGCCUGCCCGCUAGGUUCGGUGCCACCGCGGGCCACGCUCACGUGCAACAAGACGGGCAAGAAGGAGAGCUGCGCCCUCACCUGCGCCUCCAGGGCCCGCUUCUCGCCAGAGUCGGAGAGCAGCUACUCGCUGAGCUGCGGCACGCCGGUGCCGCGCGCCGCCAACGGCAGCCAGCCCUGUGCCGAGACGGUGGCCGGCGCGCUGCCCGUCAGGCAGAAGGCCUCCUUCAAGAUCAAGGACGCCAAGUGCCACCUGCACCCGCGCGCCAAGGGCAGGCAGGAGGAGGCGGGCAAGGCGGCGGCAGGCGCGGCGUCCUGCUCCGACUGCCACGUGGCCUUCGUGCACCUCAAGUGCGACUCCUCCAAGAAGGGCAAGGGCCGCCGCGCCCGCAACUCGGCCGCCAAGGAGGUCACCCGCAUCACGCUCGAGUUCGAGGCCGAGAUCAAGGCGGAGGAGGCCACAGCCGGCUGCAACCUCCACUGCCUGCGGCAGCGGGUGGAGAAGAAGCUCAAGGCGGCCAUCAAGGCACUCAAGAAGUCCAUCAACCAGGAGCGCUUCCUGCUGCGCUUCGCUGGCAUGGAGUACGAGGUGGCGCGCAAGCUGAGCGGGGCGCCCGCGCGGCACGAGAGCUGCGGGCCUGGCCAGCAGCGCCUGGGCGCCAAGUGUGUUAGCUGCUCGCAGGGAACCUACUACCACGGGCAGACGGAGCAGUGCGUGCCCUGCCCGCCCGGCACCUACCAGGAGAGGGAAGGGCAGCUCUCGUGUGACCUGUGUCCCCGCAGCGACGCCCUCGGCCCGGCCGGAGCCACCAACAUCACGGGCUGCACCGGCCGCUGUCCCCCUGGGCAGCACUCGGCCGACGGCUUCCAGCCCUGCCAGCCGUGUCCGCGCGGCUCCUACCAGCCCGAGGGCGGCCGCGCGCUCUGCUUCCCGUGCGGCGGCGGCCUCAGCACCAGGCACGAGGGCGCCGUCUCCUUCCAGGACUGCGACACCAAAGUGCAGUGCUCGCCCGGGCACUACUACAACACCAGCGUGCACCGCUGCAUCCGCUGCGCCCUGGGCACCUACCAGCCCGACUUCCGCCAGAACCACUGCGUCGCCUGCCCCGGCAACACCACCACCGACUUCGACGGCUCCACCUCCGUGUCCCAGUGCAAAAACCGCCAGUGUGGAGGGGAGCUGGGUGAGUACACGGGCUACAUCGAGUCACCCAACUACCCGGGCAACUACCCGGCCAACGUGGAAUGCACCUGGAACAUCAACCCGCCGCCCAAGCGCAAGAUCCUCAUCGUGGUCCCGGAGAUCUUCCUGCCAUCCGAGGAUGAGUGCGGGGACGUCUUGGUGAUGCGGAAAAACUCCUCCCCCUCCUCCAUCACCACCUACGAGACGUGCCAGACGUACGAGAGGCCCAUCGCCUUCACGGCCCGCUCGCGCAAGCUGUGGAUCAACUUCAAAACCAGUGAGGCCAACAGCGCCCGCGGCUUCCAGAUCCCCUACGUCACCUACGAUGAGGACUACGAGCAGCUGGUGGAGGACAUCGUGCGGGACGGCAGGUUAUACGCCUCCGAGAAYCACCAGGAGAUACUCAAGGACAAGAAGCUCAUCAAAGCUUUCUUCGACGUGCUGGCGCACCCCCAAAACUACUUCAAGUACACGGAGAAACACAAGGAGAUGCUGCCGCGCUCGUUCAUCAAGCUCCUCCGCUCCAAAGUCUCCAGCUUCCUCAGGCCUUACAAAUAG